UCUGGCUCAGAGUGAAUGAAACAGGAGAGAGAAACGUGAGCCACUUACAUCUCCUCUUUUCGACUUUCUGAAACGUUUGUAUCUUUCACACUUGUGUCCUCGGCUUUGGGUAAAAACACUCUUGACAGUUUCUUCGGCUGAAGUUGAGCAGGACUCGCAACAAAGCAACAAAAAGAUGAAGUACAUUAUAGGAAUUGGCGGAGUCACCAAUGGUGGCAAAACCACCCUGACAAAUAAGUUGAUCAAGACUUUGCCCAACUGUUGUGUUAUUCAUCAAGAUGACUUUUUCAAGAAACCUGAUCAGAUAGAAGUCGGGGAGGACGGCUUUAAACAAUGGGAUGUGAUCACAGCCUUGGAUAUGGAGGCCAUGACCAACACCGUGAAAGGCUGGAUUGAAAACCCAGUGAAGUUUGCCCGCUCCCAUGGCGUCACUCUGUCUUCUCCUUCUGACAGGUCUAACCCUGAAGAACAGACCCACAUUCUCAUUGUGGAGGGCUUCCUGCUCUACAACUACCCGCCUCUCCUGGAUGUGUUCAACAAGAGCUACUACAUCACGAUUCCCUAUGAAGAGUGCAAGAGAAGGAGAAGUACAAGACAGUACACUGUGCCUGACCCCCCCGGCCUGUUCGAUGGCCAUGUAUGGCCAAUGUACCUGAAGCACAGGAGAGCAAUGGAGGAAUGUGGUUUAAGUAUUGAGUGCCUGGAUGGUUUAAAGCACAAAGAGGAGAUCUACAACCAAGUGUAUGAGGACAUUCAGAACAACCUACUCAAUCGUUUAUAGCAGGAGGACUCCUCUCAUCCUUGUACAGAUUUUGUAAAUAGUCCCAAGGAUUCUUUUUUACGAUGUUUCCUUUUUUUAAACAUUUUAUUCUGUUUGUAAAUGGAGCAACUCAACUUUAAUUUAUAAUUGUCUCUUUUUUUUAAUUUUUUUUUUAUCAUCUUCAGAUGAUCAAUAUUUUUGUUUUUACUGUUUUAAAAAGUGGUUGUUGAAACAAUGACUAGUAUGUUACUGUUAUAUAAAACUGCUGCCUUAUACUGGACCACUUGUUGCAUUUUCUUAAGAAUAAAUUCAUUAGUUACUGUUGAUCAACAGUAAAUCAAAAAUCUCA